AGCGUUGUUACCGAACUAGGAAGGUCGGUCUAACUGUAGUAGCUAUAUUGAGCUCUCGUCUCUCAAACGUCGGGUGGUACAGCCAGUGUGCCAGUACUAGUACAGCUCUACACAGCUCCGCUCUGCCCGCCGCCUCCUCCUGCGUUGCGCUGGUGCUGCUGCCCGCUGCUUACACAAUAACUGUGCAUCGAUAAAGCCGAAGAAGAAGCACACAGGAUACAAAAAGAAGCAAAAGAAAAAAACGCAAACUCUUAAGCUGUUCCACAGCUUAACGAGUAUAAAAAAAAAACGCAACGUGUGUGUGAUUUGUUAUUGUUGUUCGCAGUUAAAGUGUAAAAUAUAGUUUAAAGGGGUAGUUUUCUGUGAAAUCACCCCUCCUCCGAUCGCCCCCCUCAACAACGAGGCACAGCUAAACGGAAAGAAAAUUGUGUAAUAGCACUCGAAGUGUAAAAGUUUCUGUUCCUUGUUUUAUGUUUUUUUAUUUUUAUAACUGUUAUUAAGUUUUGUCUGUGGCUGUAAUUUUUUUUAUUAUUUGUUAUUCGUCGUUUUACCGUCACACUUCGUCACAUCGCAGACGUUAUGAGUGUUCAGCAUGGGAGAGCGGACUCUUAUCGAGUCGCAACGGUUAUUGCAACCGAUGACGACAAUCGCACAGCCGAUGGCCGCUACAAGUCAAGACGCAAGAUGCCGGCCAAAGCAGUCAAUAAGAAAGAGAAUUUAGAUGAUCUCAAACAGGAGUUAGAUAUCGACUUUCAUAAAAUCUCUCCUGAGGAAUUGUAUCAGCGCUUUCAGACACAUCCCGAAAAUGGUCUGAGUCAUGCCAAGGCCAAGGAGAAUUUAGAACGAGACGGUCCCAAUGCGCUCACACCGCCCAAGCAGACGCCCGAAUGGGUGAAGUUCUGCAAGAAUCUGUUCGGUGGCUUCGCCAUGCUGCUGUGGAUCGGUGCUAUACUUUGUUUCGUGGCCUAUUCGAUUCAGGCCACAACCAGCGAGGAACCGGCCGAUGAUAACUUGUAUCUGGGUAUUGUACUUUCCGCUGUCGUCAUUGUGACAGGCAUUUUCUCCUACUACCAGGAAUCGAAAAGUUCCAAGAUUAUGGAAUCGUUCAAGAACAUGGUGCCCCAGUUUGCCACUGUUAUACGUGAGGGCGAGAAACUGACGCUGCGCGCCGAGGAUCUCGUCCUGGGCGAUGUGGUUGAAGUGAAGUUCGGUGAUCGCAUACCCGCCGACAUACGCAUCAUUGAGGCGCGCACCUUCAAGGUGGACAACUCAUCGCUGACCGGUGAAUCGGAGCCGCAAUCGCGUGGUGCCGAAUUCACACACGAGAAUCCCCUGGAGACCAAGAAUUUGGCGUUCUUCUCGACCAACGCUGUGGAGGGCACUGCCAAGGGUGUUGUCAUUAGCUGUGGCGAUCAUACCGUUAUGGGUCGCAUUGCUGGCUUGGCAUCCGGUCUGGAUACCGGCGAGACACCAAUUGCCAAGGAAAUUCAUCAUUUCAUUCAUUUGAUUACCGGCGUCGCUGUGUUCCUUGGCGUUACCUUCUUUGUGAUUGCCUUCAUUUUGGGCUACCACUGGCUGGAUGCGGUCAUCUUUUUGAUUGGCAUCAUUGUCGCCAACGUGCCCGAGGGUCUCCUGGCCACUGUCACCGUGUGCCUCACCCUGACCGCCAAGCGUAUGGCAUCGAAGAACUGUUUGGUGAAGAAUUUGGAGGCUGUCGAAACCCUGGGCUCCACCUCGACCAUCUGCUCCGAUAAGACAGGCACACUCACUCAGAACCGAAUGACAGUCGCUCAUAUGUGGUUCGAUAACCAAAUUAUUGAGGCCGACACCACUGAGGAUCAGUCGGGUGUUCAAUACGAUAGAACUAGCCCUGGAUUCAAGGCGCUCUCUCGCAUUGCCACUCUCUGUAACCGUGCCGAGUUCAAAGGUGGCCAGGACGGUGUGCCCAUUCUGAAGAAGGAAGUCAGCGGUGAUGCCUCCGAGGCGGCACUGCUCAAGUGCAUGGAACUUGCUCUCGGCGAUGUGAUGAACAUUCGCAAGCGUAACAAGAAGAUUGCCGAAGUGCCAUUCAAUUCGACCAACAAGUACCAGGUGUCCAUUCACGAGGUUGAGGAUGCCAACGAUCCACGUUUCCUGCUCGUCAUGAAGGGUGCUCCCGAGCGUAUUCUCGAACGUUGCUCGACCAUCUUCAUCAACGGCAAGGAGAAGGUACUCGACGAGGAGAUGAAGGAGGCAUUCAACAAUGCCUACAUGGAGCUCGGCGGACUUGGCGAGCGUGUGCUCGGUUUCUGUGAUUUCAUGCUGCCCUCUGACAAAUAUCCCACUGGCUUCAAGUUCAACACCGAUGACAUUAACUUCCCCAUUGACAAUCUGCGCUUCGUCGGACUCAUGUCCAUGAUUGAUCCCCCACGUGCCGCUGUGCCCGACGCUGUGGCCAAGUGCCGUUCUGCCGGCAUUAAGGUCAUCAUGGUUACCGGCGAUCAUCCGAUUACUGCCAAGGCCAUUGCCAAGUCUGUCGGCAUCAUCUCCGAGGGCAACGAGACCAUUGAGGAUAUUGCCCAGCGCCUCAACAUCCCCAUCUCUGAGGUCAAUCCCCGCGAGGCCAAGGCCGCCGUUGUCCACGGUGCCGAACUGCGCGAUGUAUCUUCCGACCAGCUCGACGAGAUCCUUCGCUAUCACACUGAAAUCGUGUUUGCCCGUACCUCACCCCAGCAGAAACUCAUCAUUGUCGAGGGUUGCCAGCGCAUGGGAGCCAUUGUGGCUGUCACUGGUGAUGGUGUCAACGAUUCGCCUGCUCUAAAGAAGGCCGAUAUUGGUGUUGCUAUGGGUAUUGCCGGCUCCGAUGUGUCCAAGCAGGCUGCUGACAUGAUCUUGUUGGAUGAUAACUUUGCCUCCAUUGUUACUGGUGUUGAGGAGGGUCGUUUGAUCUUUGACAAUCUGAAGAAGUCCAUUGCAUACACUCUGACCUCCAACAUUCCCGAAAUCUCACCCUUCUUGGCCUUCAUUCUGUGCGACAUACCACUGCCACUGGGUACAGUUACAAUUCUGUGCAUCGAUUUGGGCACUGACAUGAUACCGGCCAUUUCACUCGCUUACGAGCAAGCCGAGAGCGAUAUUAUGAAGCGUCAGCCGAGAGAUCCGUACCGCGACAACUUGGUAAACCGCAGAUUGAUUUCGAUGGCCUAUGGACAAAUUGGCAUGAUUCAAGCUGCCGCCGGUUUCUUCGUAUACUUUGUCAUUAUGGCUGAGAACGGCUUUCUGCCCAUGAAACUGUUUGGCAUCCGUAAGAUGUGGGACUCCAAGGCCGUUAACGAUCUAACUGACUCGUAUGGUCAGGAAUGGACCUAUCGCGAUCGCAAGACUUUGGAAUAUACCUGCCACACUGCCUUCUUCAUUUCGAUUGUGGUUGUGCAAUGGGCCGAUUUGAUCAUCUGUAAGACGCGUCGUAAUUCCAUCUUCCACCAAGGCAUGCGUAACUGGGCCUUAAACUUUGGCUUAGUAUUCGAAACGGUUCUCGCCGCCUUCCUCUCAUACUGCCCCGGCAUGGAUAAGGGUCUGCGCAUGUACCCACUGAAACUCGUCUGGUGGUUCCCAGCCAUUCCAUUUAUGUUGGCCAUCUUUGUGUAUGAUGAGACGCGUCGUUUCUACUUGCGUCGCAAUCCCGGCGGCUGGUUGGAGCAGGAGACAUACUAUUAAACACCUAAACACCCACACCCACACCCACAUACACACAAACACACACACUCUCCCAACACCACCCAACACACAUACACAUACCCAAUACACAUACAACCAGCAAAGGCAACAAAUAGUAAUUGUUUAUUUACCACAAAGCCACACAACCACAAAAGUGCAACCACAGCGACCACAGAAUUCUGUGUGGCUCCAACAACAGCAACAAUUGCAGCAACAAAGCCACAAAAUAGUGCAACCACAGAAUAUUGUGUGGCUACAGCAACAACAACAGCAACAACAGCAACAGCUACAACUGCAGCUGCUCUUGCAACAAAUAACAACAACAAAAGCUAUAGCAUAAAACAUAUUGCGAUAUGUUUUAAAUUUUAAUUUAAUUAUUUAAAGUAAAAACAAAAAAAAAACAAGCAAAAACAAAAAUGCAAGCGAUAAUUAUUUUAAACAUUUAAGUAAAUUUAAAUUAUAAAUUAAAGCUAUAAAUAAGAUUUAAAUAAAAAUAAAGUAAAAACUUCAACAAAAAAGAAAAAAAAACAACAACAAAUUUCGAGAACACAAAAACAACCCCACAAACAAUAACCUAACAACAAACCAAGUUUUUAGUAAAAUUAUUUAACAAAAAGCAUAAACAACAAUAUAUUUAAUAAAAAUGCUAUAAAAGUGGAGAAAACCAAAAAAAUAAUAACAACGCAAACAGCGCGAAGAAACAAAAGCAAAGCUAAAGCGCAACUAACAUUAAUAAUAUUUACAUACCCAACUCACAGACACACACACAGAUACAUAUACACAGCCACCCACACAAACACACACACACACACACCUUUAGACAGAUAACACAACGCAUGAAGAGACAAAUUAUAUAAGAAGUUUAGAGAAAUUAAAAAAUAAUAAAAAAAGAAACGAAAAUUUUGACAAAAAACAAAAAAAAAAACUAAACAAAAGGCAAAAAACAAAAAUGGAAUAAAUUAGCGUAGUUACAAAAUAAGCAGAGACGAAGCAAAGAUAAAACAACAGCAACAACAACAACAACAACA